AAUUCUCACUGUCUCUUCAUCCUUCCCAAACACACUCGUUGUAAAACUAGGACAAUCAUUCCUUGCAUUGCACCAAUUUCACAUUUAUUCACUAUUUUCCUCUCACCCUCUCUAAUGGCUCCGUCUUUCACUCUCAUUCUCACGGUGGCCGCGAUGUUACUUUUCUCCGCCGUUGCACAAUCUCCGGCGUCGUCUCCAUAUGCCGCUGUUACUCCACCUGCCGUUUCUCCACCCACUGUUUCUCCGUCACCAGACUCCGCCGUGAGCUCUCCGCCAUCUCCUCCUCCAUCGUCUGCGUCCUCUCCCUCUCCUUCCUUCUCUCCAUCGUCGAUCUCUGCUCCUCCGUCCGAGGCUCCUUCACCUUCUGAGAAUGCCGCUGUCUCGUAUGGUUUUUCUGCCGCAGGAUCUGUCGUGGUUGGUUUCGUCGCUGCCUUCUUGGUCAUUUGAAACACCCCUUAGGCUAAUAUAGGAAAAGUAUCGUCUUUGAUUUACAGUUUGUUCUAGCUAUAGCUUAUUGUUAUUAUUAUUUCGUUUAGGUUGUUGGAAAAGGCUUCACCUUUGUGAUUAUGUCUUCAUUGUUGUAACACUAGGAGGCUCUUGCUCCUUAUUCUUGUUCUGUAGUUUGAUUGAACAUUCUUACGUUGUUGUUUUCAGUUUUAUGGUUGUAGAAUGUUUGAGCAUAAAUGGAAGAGACGACUAAAAGAAAUGUUUCAACAUUCUUAAAAGAACUUUUGAAUCAAAAGCA